AUAAUCUGUGCAGUUGAGUAGGUACAGUGACAGUUCAAAUAAUAUGAUAUUAAUGAUGAUCUAAAAUGGGAAUCGUCGUACCUCUAGAGAAUUUGGCGGAGUCGAAAGUAAUACGCAAACAAGAUUCAAAUAAUGAGACGAAAGAAAUUGGCCCAGAUGACAAAUAUUACAUCAUUUAUACCAUCAUGAUGCUAUUCGGUAUAAUGCACUUAUUACCAAUAUCAUUCUUUGCAACAGCGAACGAUUACUGGAUGCAUAAAUUCAGGAAUACAUCUUUGCCAACUAUAGAUCCACGCUUCAGGUCCAGUCUCCAGUCAAACUUUGAAUCUGGUUCUACCAUAGCACAGACAGUACCAACAGUGAUAUGCAUGGUACUGUCAACGAUGUUUGCUUAUAAAAUCAGGCUGAGAACCAGAGUUCUCGUCUCCUUGAUCGUAUUAGCAUCCUGUUUGGCUUUAGCAACUGUGUUCAUAAAGAUCGAUACUGAUGCAUGGCAAAUUGGAUUUUUUGCAUUUACAAUGACCAUUUUGGCAAUUAUGAAUGGAAUCCUGGCGUUAUUUCAAGUGAGCACUUUAGCAUUACUCUCCAAGUUCCCCGAAAACUACAUGAAGACCUUCCUAGUCGGGCAAGGAGUAGGAGGAAUUUUCAGUUCUGGCCUCCAAGUGGUGGCACUAAUUUUGGGAACCUCCUCAGAAGCUUCAGCUAUGAUCUAUUUUCUGAUUGGUACGCUGAUGGCAUUAGUUACUCUUAUUUUGUUCUACGUAACCAAGCAUCUGAAUUUCUAUCAAUAUCACAUAGGAAGUUCUUUGGAAGAAGUGAAGCGAGAUUUAAUAAGCUUGAGUGAAGUGAGAGAUAUUGCGGGAAAGAUUUGGUCCAGCUUGGUGAUUACUAUGGCUGCAGCUUUGGCUUACGUUCCCACUCAUCCAGCUAUAGCUGCCCUAGUCGCUUCUGAGCAUAGGGGGGACCAUACCCCAUGGACUGAAAAAUAUUUCGUGGCUGUGAUUACUUUCCUAUUCAGUGACAUAUGUUGUCUGGUUGGACGAAUCUUAGCAUCAACAUUAAAAAGGAGACCGAGUGAUAUUAGCCUAGCAGCAAUUGCAAUAUUGAGGAUGAUCAUUUUUCCUCCUCUCUUCAUGUUUUGUAAUGCCCUUCCAAGAUCCCAUUUGUCUGUGUGGUUCCCACAUGACUGGCAGUAUAUUAUCAUUUUAGGCAGUUUCAUGAUAAGCAGUGGGUAUUUAUUCAAUAUAGCGUUUCUGAAUGUGAUCAGAUUAGCUCCAGAAAAUCAAGAAAAUGCAUAUCUGAUCAUGCAAACCUGCAUUGGAGUUGUUGGGGCAAUAUUCUCCCCUCUAGGAGUUCUGUGCGUUCAUUUAUUGUGAAGUUCCACAGCCAGAUGGCUAUGGAAGUACCUAUUGAGUUGAGAUAUUACGACAUUUCUACCUGUAUUGAAGAAAAAAGAUAUCUAUUAUGUAUUUAAAUCUACAAUGUUCUUACUAUCACGAGAAUUUCGACGCAUUCUUUACUAAUAAACUUUUUUCAAAGAUUCAUGGAUAUGGGUAUUACAUAUUUUAUAUGGGGUGGAUAAUAUAAAAAGCGAAAAAACAAUACGGAACUGAAUACUGUUGAGGAAUAUUCAUUUUGGAAGCUAUUGAAUUUUUGAAGUUUGCCGGGAAAAUUCAUCCUAAUGAAACGAUAUGCAGUAAUUAAUAGUACAUAUUUUCUACGAGUUGAUAAUGAAGAUUAUACCAUUUUACUUAAUAAAUUAUAUUCCAUAGGUGUCAGAGUAAGAAUUCAUGAUUGGUUCACAAAUUAUUUGACAAAUAGCAUACUUGAAGAUCACUUAUGAAUAUCACAUGUGGAGUACCGCAAGGAUAAGUUUUGGGACCAAUUUUAUUUUUAAUUUAUAUAAAUUCAAUAUCAACUCUGAAAUUGAGGAAAAAGCUCAAAUUAUCCGCAGAUGAUACACCAUUGAUUUAUGUAUCGAAAGAAUUAAAUGAUAUCGAACGGGAUAUUAAACGUAGACAUAUCAUGACUCUUAAUUUCAACAAAUCUUCAUAUAUGUAUGUCCCCAAGAGACUAUGUAAUAUUUCGAAUAGUGCAAUAACUGUCAACAAUAUAUUCAUUAAAUAUACAGAGAAAACAACAUUUUUAGAUCUCUAUAUUGAUGAAAACUUAUUGUGGACUAAUCACAUAAACCUUUCAAUAGAUAAAACAAAUCCAUUUAUAGGCAUUUUAUUCAAAAUCUGAAAUAUCAUCCCUGUAAAAUACCUAAAGUGUAUUUACUUUUGCCACAUAUAUUCAAAUUUACAAUAUUCAAUUUAUAUUGGGGGGAGCACGAAUAUUCCAUUAGUGGUUUAAGGCUUAAACCCCAAUGAAAUUACAAAACAAACCAAUUGAGUGCUUUUUUAAAUCUAAAAUUUUUAGAACCAACGGUAAAUUUCUACAAACCUAGAAAUUUUCAAAAUCUGAUUUUGUUAUAUAAACUCGAAAUAUGUUGUUUUAUUCAUUUUGUCAGUAAUAAAUUGAAAAUAUCGAACUAAGCCUCUGAUGAAGUCAAUACAGUCCAUAGUAAUGGGACUAGACAACUGAAUUACUUGAUAGCGAAUACAUUCAAGUCGAACAUAGGCAAACAAUUUGUAUUUGGAAUAAUUUUAUACACUUCAUCACCGAAUGUAUUAAAAAAUAUACAUGAUGUAAGAAAAUUUGAAGUUAAUCUGGUCGGGACUUCUUGAUUGAAAAAUAGUUGACAUGAUUUGAUUACUCAGAAUUGAAAUGUUACAACUUCCAUCUUAACCUUUCAAUACUAUUAUUAUAUUUAUUUAUAUGUGUCCAUGUAUCCCUAUCAUGAAAAGAUAUAUUUCUUCUGUGGUAAGUAGCCAUAAUGCGCACGUAGCAUAGUAUACUUUGUCUACAACUAUCCAUGUAUCGAGCAAUGCUGAUAUUUCAGAAAUAUAUCUAUGAAAAUGAGUAAAUCAGCUCACGAGGGAUUUCGAUAGAGUUAUUAAAACUGUUAAGAGUAGUAGAAAAACACAUCAGUCAAGAAUAUAUGAGACGGUUACUAUCAAAUUUGGUGUAAUUAUUUCACAAUCAUUCAGAAUUCGAUAUUUUCAUCUGAUAUCUACAAAUGAUACUCACCUGUCAAGAAAAUCGAUUCCCUCAAAAUAUUGAUGAAGUUUUCUCAUCGAUAACUCCAUUAAUUCGAGUCAG